ACUUAUGAGAUAAAGCAAGAGAGUGCACACUGGCAGCAGGCUGGUGUGUGGGGUCUCUUUGGUGAGCAAAGAGGACUCCUGGACCCUCUGAAGGGCGUGUGCCCACACAUGCGACAAACAAACACAUGAGACGCCAAAAAUACAUGACAGACGUUGUCCCCCCAGAGGUGAGGCCCAAGCCUGCGGUCCCAGCCAAGCCCCCACAUGUGGCCCCACCCCCGAUCCCAUCCCACCCUGCCCCAACACUCUCAGGGGCCAGUGUUCGGGGGUCAGGCGGAUCCACGCUCCUUGGGUACAUUGGGAUUGACACCAUCAUCGAACAGAUGAGGAAGAAGACCAUGAAGACUGGUUUUGACUUCAACAUCAUGGUUGUAGGACAGAGCGGCCUUGGCAAAUCCACGCUGGUGAACACGCUCUUCAAGUCCCAGGUCAGCAGGAAGAACAGCGACUGGGGCCGCGAGGAGAAGAUCCCCAAAACGGUGGAGAUCAAGUCCGUGUCACAUGUGAUUGAAGAAGGGGGCGUUAAGAUGAAGCUAACCAUCACUGACACGCCAGGCUUCGGGGACCAGAUCAAUAAUGACAACUGCUGGGAGCCCAUCUCGAAGUUCGUCAACGAGCAGUACGAGAAGUACCUGAAGGAGGAGGUGAACAUUGCCCGCAAGAAGCGUAUCCCGGACACGCGCGUCCACUGCUGCCUCUACUUCAUCGCCCCCACAGGCCACUCGCUGCGUCCACUGGACAUUGAGUUCAUGAAACACCUGAGUCGCUCGGUCAACCUCAUCCCCGUCAUCGCCAAGUCAGACACGCUCACUCCAGAGGAGAAGUCUGAGUUUAAACAGAGGGUGAGGAAGGAGCUGGAGGUGUGCGGGAUUGAGGUUUACCCUCAGAAGGAGUUUGACGACGACAUAGAGGACAAGAGCGACAACGACAAGAUCCGGGAGGUCAUGCCCUUUGCAGUGGUGGGCAGUGAUAAGGAGUACCAGGUCAACAGCAAACGGGUCCUGGGACGGAAGACAGCAUGGGGCAUUGUAGAAGUUGAAAAUCUGAACCACUGUGAGUUCUCCCUACUCCGAGAUUUCAUCAUCAGGUCUCACCUCCAGGAUCUGAAAGAGGUGACCCACAACAUUCACUACGAGACGUACCGCGCCAAACGCCUCAACGACAACGGUGGCCUCCAUCCCAUUUCUACGGCAGCGGACACGCAGGAAAGCAACCUCUGAACCGCACAAAGGCACGAAGGAGAGAGAGAGAGAUGGAGCAAAAGAGAGAGAAAGGGAGGAAGAAGACUGGAGAGAAUGACAUAGAGCGAACGAGAGAGGAAGAGAAAUAAAAACUAAGAGAGAGAGAAAACAUUAUUUGUUUUUCUUUUGCUAGCUUAAACUGUUUUCGUGUCGUGCCAUGUGAUCAUUGCAUGUUCGAAGGGAGCUCGUUGUUGUGCCCGAGUUUUUCCUGUCGAGAUGACGCUUUGGUUUUCUUUUCCUUGUGUAAGUGAGCAUGUGUUCUGGCCACACACUCACCACUGUCCUAUCUCAACUCUCUUACACAGCUCACAAUAGUAAACUCCCCUGUCCUCAAGCACCCAGGGAAGAAAAGAGAGGAGAAAGGACAAGGUGAUGUUUAAUCAGUAUUAUUUAAUUAGACGAACCCAGCACAAGGUGCUUUUAAUUAUUAAUUUCACACUUGUUAAAAUGAAUAGUAUUCUCAUGUUCUUUUUGCCUUGAAUGGAUAAGCCGUUUUUGUUUACCUUUUGGUCCUUAGUACACUUCUUAGUCUAGUGCCACCUAGUGGAUGGGGGGCUGUACUGCCACGGGAACAAGAGAAUCAACCACUAGGUCCUCUCUUGUUCCAUAAAGCCUCGUCCAGUACAAAGUUUACAACCCACCUAGUGCCAUGGCGCCCAAAUGGACCCUCCAGCACACAACGAUACAAAUCAUUCCGAAAUUAUCAACACUGCAGGUCAAAUCCAAAGCAUGCCAGAGCCCUCCUGCCUGCCAUGAAUCCCACUUAACGUUGCACUGAUAAAGACACUCUGUAAUACACACUCAGUAAUUUGUACACCACUUUUGGACACUUUAACUGGGAUAAACUACCCAGUCAUGAAACUACAUGAUCUCAAGUCUGACUUCAGAACUCGUUUCUAGUGUCAGAAGUUACGUUUUUUCUUUCUUUCCUUUUUUUUGGGAGGGGGGGUCAUGUUACUUCAAUUUUGAUGUAAUCAUAUCAAUAUGAUUUUGUGUGCGUGUUUGAAUGUGUGCGUUUGUGUAUGAAUGUGUGUUGGUUGUGGUCUUUCGCUUCCCUGUGUACACUGUUAAUAGUGUCUGUUGUUGAGUGCUUUUUUUUACAUUGUUGCAACCACAAUUAGAUAAUCACAGAAGAACUGAAAAUUAUGCCAUAAAAACAGACUCAAUCAGUAUAGUCCAUGCUCUUGUGUGUAUGUAGGUACUGCUUUCUUCUAAACUCAGCCUAUUAUGAUAUUAAUAUAUUUCAUUAUCAACGUUCAUCAGCCAAAAGCACACUGACUUAUCAAGAGAUCCUCUGGAACCGUUCUGAGGUUCUAGAACCAUUGUCCAGUUUUAUGAGUUACUGCUGUAAGCCCAACUAAUACACUGAUCAUAUCUCUCAGACUGUUUUGGUCUCUCGCAGUAAGUCUCUCUCCUUUGAUUUAAUAUCACUUUUCAUUAAUGCUGUUGUUUCCAUUAAAGUGCUUUUGCAGUGUUAAUUAUUUAUUUGAUAUUAUGUACUAUUUAUUGUAACUUAUUUUUAAACUGAAUAAACACAAACACAUUA